AAUGACUGUGGUGGUCUCUCCAGCAGCGUCUUGUCAAGAUGAAUGCAGCGUACAGCCUGUUGCUCUCAGUGGCUUUGACAAGCUUGACACUGACAGGUACAUUUGGAGCUGAUAUCACCAAUGGCAAAAAAGUCAAGAAGAACUCCAUGCUUUACAUGGCAUCAGUUCAGAUUGAUGGAAAACACAGAUGUGGAGGAUUCCUGAUCGACCCGAGCUACGUGAUGACAGCCGCACAAUGCGAUGAAAGAGGCAACAUGACUGUGAUCUUGGGCACCCACAACAUCAGUCCACAGAAGGCGAAUCUGAGAAGAUACAUAGUGCAACAUAAACAUAAGCACCAAUCUUUCAGAGACCCAAAAAAUGGCUAUGACAUCAUGCUUCUCAAGCUGUCCAAGAAAGGUGUGAAAGGUGUGAAAACCAUCAAAAUCCCAAACAAAAUCCCCAGCAAACCACUGAAGCCUAAUUCCAAGUGCCAGGUUGGGGGAUGGGGUAAAACUGAACAGCAUAAUGUGGUGAACGAUCUGCUGGUGACAGAUGUGUCGACUAUCAACUUCACAACCUGCCAGACGAUGUGGAAAAAACUGCGAGUGAAACCCCCCGACAACGUCCUGUGCACUGUGGGCUCCAAGACUAAAAGUGGCGCUUGUCAGGGCGAUUUAGGUGGACCGCUAGUGUGCAAUGGGAAAGCGGUGGGCAUCGCCUCUUUGGAACGCUGUGACUCCCCAGAUGUUCCCAACAUUUACACUCAAAUUUCAAAAUACACAUUAUGGAUCAAGAAGGUGAUCAAUGGAGGUGCUUGAUGCCUUUGAAACUGAAUUGUAUUGUUGUGCAUGGUGGUGUGAGAGGUCAUUCAGUCUCAUUUUGCUGUUUCUUAGAUCGUCACAAAAAUGCUGUUGGUGCAUGAGGCAGGUUGAAAAAAAGAGAGAAAAGAAUUUGCUUAAGAAAGUGCAUUUGCUGUCACAUUAGUUAGCCUAAAGUAAAGUUCUCAUCAUUCUUUGUAUUUCCUUGGGUUUAAAACAGACCAUGUAGGCCAUGAUGCACAAAAACCACAAACCAUAUUUUUUUUUUUUCCAUGUUCUAUUAAUCUAACAUGUUCUGGUAAUACAACAUGUUCCAUUAAUCUAACAUGUUCUGGUAAUACAACGUUUGCGGCCACAGAAUAACUUUCAAAAUGAGUCAAGACCUGCAAAAAGGAGCUGGGGUCCAUCUUGACACAAAUGCAGCAUCACUCUGUGGUAAAGCUGAAAAGUGUUGCUAAGUAAUACUUUUAUGUGGUUAACAGACUGUUUCAAAGAUUAACUUCCAUAGUCUUGUAAACAGUGUUUAAAAAAAUGACCUGUUUAGCAAACAUAUUCACACAGAAGAACUACAUCCAUCAAAAUAUUUGACAUGAUUUAUUUUACACAAGUCAGAGCAACAUGUGAUUAUAAACUAUAAAACUCAGUUGCAGUCAAAUUUGUGUCUAUAUAAAAGGUGAAUUUUGAAUUCCAGAAUGCCAGAACAGACUAUUUCCUGUAUAUAUAGAACUGUAUUCUGUAUGCUAUAUUCUGCAAUUAUGAUUACACAUACAAUACUAACCAAAUAAAUCCUUUUGCCAAUGACUGAGUCUGUAUUUUCACAAUGACAAAUUAUGUGCACGCAGAAAAAACUACCUUAACAUGUCAGUGCUUGUGUGUAUAUUGUGGAUUACUUUAGAGAAAUAAUGCAUUCAUACAUAGACAUGAUAAAACAGGGAUGGACAGCAUAUAAAACCUGUGAUUGAAAAUUUUGGUCUGAAAUACACAUUUGAAAUUUUAUUUUCAAUCAAUAGGUUACAAAAUAUCCUGGAACUUUUAAAACAAUUAAAUCUUUUUAAACAAAAAGGUUGAUCGACAACAUUAUUUUCUGUUCAAAUUUCUUUGACGAUACUAAAAUUUGGGAAUCUAAAUACAGUAUCUCACAGAAGUGAGUACACCAUUCACAUUUUUGUAAAUAUUUUAUUAUAUCUUUUCAUGUGACAACACUGAAGAAAAGACACUUUGCUACAAUGUAAAGUAGUGAGUGUACAGCUUGUAUAACAGUGUAAAUUUGCUGUCCCCUCAAAAUAACUCAACACACAGCCAUUAAUGUCUAAAACACUGGCCACAAAAGUGAGUACACCCCUAAGUGAAAAUGUCCAAAUUGGGCCCAAAGUGUCAAUAUUUUGUGUGGCCACCAUUAUUUUCCAGCACUGCCUUAACCCUCUUGGACAUGGAGUUCACCAGAGCUUCACGGUUGCCACUGGAGUCCUCUUCUACUCCUCCAUGACGACAUCACGGAGCUGGUGGAUGUUAGAGACCUUGCGCUCCUCCACCUUCCGUUUGAGGAUGCCCCACAGAUGCUCAGUAGGGUUUAGGUACCCUCAGCUUCUUUAGCAAGGCAGUGGUCGUCUUGGAGGUGUGUUUGGGGUCGUUAUCAUGUUGGAAUACUGCCCUGCGGCCCAGUCUCCGAAGGGAGGGGAUCAUGCUCUGCUCAUUCAUGGUUCCCUCAAUGAACUGUAGCUCCCCAGUGCCGGCAGCACUCAUGCAGUCCCAGACCAUGACACUCCCAACACCAUGCUUGACUGUAGGCAAGACACACUUGUCUUUGUACUCACAUUUAUUUAUUUAUUUAUUUUUUCACAUUUAUUUGUAUAGCGCUUUUCACGAUACAUAUCGUUUCAAAGCAUCGUACUCCUCACCUGGUUGCCGCCACACACGCUUUACACCAUCUGAACCAAAUAAGUUUAUCUUGGUCUCAUCAGACCACAGGACAUGGUUCCAGUAAUCCUUAGUCUGCUCGUCUUCAGCAAAAUGUUUGCGGGCUUUCUUGUGCAUCAUCUUUAAAAGAGGCUUACUUCUGGGACGACAGCCAUGCAGACCAAUUUGAUGCAGUGUGCAGCGUAUGGUCUGAGCACUGACAGGCUGACCCCCCCACCCCUUCAACCUCUGCAGCAAUGCUGGCAGCACUCAUACGUCUAUUUCCCAAACACAACCUCUGGAUAUGACGCUGAGCACGUGCACUCAACUUCUUUGGUCGACAAUGGUGAGGCCUGUUCUGAGUGGAACCUGUCCUGUUAAACCGCUGUAUGGUCUUGGCCACCAUGCUGCAGCUCAGUUUCUGGGUCUUGGUAAUCUUCUUAUAGCCUACGCCACCUUUAUGUAGAGCAACAAUUCUUUUUUUCAGAUCCUCAGAGAGUUCUUUGCCAUGAGGUGCCAUGUUGAACUUCCAGUGACCAGUAUGAGAGAGUGAGAGCGAUAACACCAAAUUUAACACGCCUGCUCCCCAUUCACACCUGAGACCUUGUAACACUAACGAGUCACAUGACACCGGGGAGAGAAAAUGGCUAAUUGUGCCCAAUUUGGACAUUUUCACAUAGGGGUGUACUCACUUUUGUGGCCAGCGGUUUAGACAUUAAUGGCUGUGUGUUGAGUUACUUUGAGGGGACAGCAAAUUUACACUGUUAUACAAGCUGUACACUCACUACUUUACAUUAUAGCAAAGUGUCAUUUCUUCAGUGUUGCCACAUGAAAAGAUAUAAUAAAAUAUUUACAAAAAUGUGAGGGGUUUACUCACUUCUGUGAGAUACUGUACAGUUUAAAACUCAUUUGCGUGAUUUUAAUUUUCUAGGAAGAUUUAUGAGUUGCAAGUAAUGGUUAAAAAUGUAGCUAAAAUUAUUGAAUACACCCGAGAUGGUCAAGACCUCAAAAGUGGUACAGGCCAAAAUCAACAUAUAAAAAAGACAUUUGAUGUGCUUAAAACUACGUAAAAUGUCAUACUAGAUAAUAAACACCAAUAAGCCAAAACAUUAUGAAACAGUGCUAACCCACCGAGGCAUGGACAAGACCCCUGAAGGUGUCCUGUGAUAUCUGGCACCAAGACUUAAGCAGCAGAUCCUUUAAGUCAUGUACGUUGCAAGGUGGAGCAGCCGAGAAUUGAAUUUGUUGGUCCCACACAUGCUCAACUGGAUUGUGAUCUGGGGAAUUUGGAGGCCAGGGCAACACUUGAACUCUUCAUCAUGUUCCUCAAGCCAUUCCUGAACAAUGUGUGCAGUGCAGCAGGGUGCAAUAUCCUGGUGAAGGAGGCCAGGGUGUACCUGGUCUGCAACAAUGUUUAGGUAGGUGGCACAUGUCAAAUUUUCAUCCACACGAAUGGCCGGACCCACGGUUUACCUGCAGAACAUUGCCUAGAGCAUCACACUGCCUCCACCAGCUUUUCGUCGUCCCACAGUGCAUCCUGGUGCACACACACAUGGCCAUCCACGUGAUGUAAAAGAAAAUGGGACUCACUGGACCAAGCGGCCUUCUUCCACUGCUUCAAGGUCUAGUUCUGAUGUGUCCAUUGUAGGCACUUUCAGUGGUGGACAGGGGUCAUCAUAGACACUGAUUGUUCUACAGCUACACAGCCCCAUAUGCAGCAGAGUCUGAUGCACUGUGUGUUGUGACACAUUCCUCCCAUAACUAUCGUUAAAAUUUUGUGUGACUUGUGGCACAGUAGACCUUCUGUAGCCUCACACCAGACAGGACAGCCUUCGUCACCCUCAUGCAUUGAUGAGCCUGUUUGUGGUUUGUCUCUCCUCGGACCACUGUUGGUAAAUUCUCGCCACUGCUGACCGGGAACAACUGAAAAGACUUGCUGUUUCAGAGAUACUCUGACAAGAGUCAGGCGCCUUUCCAUAACAAUUUGGCCCUUGUCAAAGCCACUCAGAUCUUUAUUCCUGCCCAUUUCUCCUGCAUCUAAAGCCCGGGAUACACUGCACAAUCUUUGCAAUCCUUUAAGAUCAUUACAAAUCACACUGUGCAAAUUGGAUCCAAUUGAACUCGGGCACGAUAUGCAUGUAAACUGUACGAUGAUGACACUUAUUGACUUGUAGGCUACGAUGCAAGUUUCUAUAGAAGAAUAAAACGUCAUCAGCAUGUGCUAGUGGUUAACAAAAAAAAGGAAGCGGCGAAAGAAGAAGGGAAAAGAGUUUUAAAACAGUUUUAAGUUUUAGCGCCAUGUCGCUUUGAUUUCAUGUCGCAUUUUUAUUGGCUGGUCAGUAGACGUAGGUCGUAGCAGCAAACACACUGUGCGAUGAUCAUGCUGAAUUUCUGACACUGUCAGAAAACUAUCGUAGGCUAUCUUUGGUCGCAAGACCAGGAAAACAGCCGUCUUUGAACCUCUCUCGCUGUAAUGGGACACCAGUCUGUACCCUAUUCAUGAAAAAUUCUCUGCUGUGUAAAAUCUGGCAAAUUCAUUGUGUACUAUCCAUUUAUCUACACAUUCAUAAAAAGCCACGACUCAGGUUAAAAAAACAAAACCAAAAAAAAACCAAACAGGUUUAAAUUAAACCAAAAGAUCACAGGAUCCCAUCAUAAAUUGUGCCUAAAGAAAUGUUGCCAAAGAAAUUAAAUUGCACCUGAAAGCAGGGGUGGAUUAGGGUCCUAUACAUAAAUAUAUUCAAAUGAAAAAAUAAAAGACCUGCAUUUGCUUGUGUCUUCUUAAUGAAUUACUAAAAAUUAUAUUAUUCCGCAAAACACAUACACCACAUCAAAGUCCUGCAGCGAUAUAUAUAUAUAUAUAAACAUGGCUGCAUAUUCCCCUAGUUGCUGGGAACAUUGUUUUCAGACAUAUUAAUUUACUUGUAUUAGGUUUUGCAUUUGGAUAUAUAUUUAGACAUUGUUAGACUACUUUUUGUCGAAGUUUUUUUUUUUUUUACUUCAGAUGAAAAUUCUGUCAUCAUUUACUCACCCCCAUGUUGUUCCAAACCUGUAGGACUUUCGUUUAUCUUCAGAACACAAAUAAAGAUGUUUUUAAUGAAUAUGAGCGAUGUCUGCCCCUCCAUAGAUAGUCUACACAACCACUUUGACACUUCAUAAAGAGAUCGUAAAACUAAUCCAUGUAAAUCGAGCGGUUUAGUCCAAAUUUUCUGAAGAGACACAAUCAGUUUAUAUGAUGAACAUAUUGAAUUUAGGCUUUUAUUCGCAUAUAAACAUUGAUCAGUGAACAAACAGAAGCUCAGUUAAACCUGCUUGACGCACGAGAACAAACCUCUUACGGAAGCUCAAAUGUGCUGCGUAACACACGAGAAUGAACCUCAAUGGUUCUCGCAGGUCAAGCGAACAUGCUUGAGCUUCCGUUUACCAUAACUGUUGUGUGUAUUGAUGAAUGUCUAUAUGUAAAUAAAAGCCUAAAUUAAAUUUUUUCAGGGUAUAAAGCGAUCAUGUCUCUUCAGAAAAUUUGGACUAAACCACAGAUGAUCCAAUGGUAGCUGCACGGAUCUCAGACUGCCUGGCGAACAUCUCGGCAUGGAUGAAAGAACAUCACCUACAACCCAACCUAGCUAAGGGGCGGUUCAUACAGAACGCGUUAUGUCAAGACGCAGGUCAGUGGAACGAAAAAAGCACCUAGAUAAAGGUCUAGAGAUGCGUUUCUAAAACUUAUUUUAGCUUGAGCGCCACCUUUUUAGAAUGUCGUGUCAUGCGCAAAAUGCUCCAAAUAAUGUGAGCGCAAUGGUUAAAGACAUCCGUCUAGCGUGUGUUUACAUUAAUAAACAAUGGAAAAGUAGUGCAGUGGAAUGGAAAAAUGUGUUCUGUGUGAACAGCCCCUAAGACAGAGCUUCUCAUUUUCCCAGCCACUCCUUCAGUACAGCAGAAUACCAUCCAGCUAGGUUUAUCAAUGAUAAUCCCGUUGAGUUCAGCCAGGAAUCUUGGGGUAAUCCUUGAUGAUCAGCUGACCUUUAAAGAUCACAUUGCAAAAACAGCACGAUCGUACAGGUUUGCACUGAACAACAUUAGGAAGAUCAGGCACUUCUUAGUCUUGUGUAGCCAGACCUUCAGACUGGCCGCAGAAGAUCUGGACACUAUUGCAGCUUUUAUUGGCCAAGAACCGCCCAAGAGGACUUUUGACUGACAUAUAACGCAACCAAUCACAAUUUGUUUUGUUCCGCGUCAUGUUUAGGGGCGUGAAAAUGUAAAGUUGAUGUCCCUACAAUAACAGACCGGUGUGCAUCUAAUAAAUGAUUCAUUCUAGAACGUUGUGCAAGUUUAUUGCAACAAUGGAACCACGAACUUCACAUACUUUAGAAACUCCAGUGUUUAGUUGAUUCUGGUAAGCGCUCAUUGUCACAGUCGUAAACACAACGCCGUUCAUCUUCUAUGAGGGGGUUUGGCGUCACGGCAUUUGUUUCCAUGCAGACCAUUAAAAAACACGACACGUGUCUCCCGGACAUCCUGUAGAAUUCAACCAACCAGAUGACGACUUCGAAAAUCCCGAAAUGUUUCCAGCUAAGUGUGCCAUAUGCAGCAGACGUUCAGCCAACGGUCCGUGAGCGUGACAUCUGAGGCUGAGACUAGGUCCUUCUUAACAAAGCAUGCAACACAGUUUCUUAACCAGGUCCUUGUGAUUUCUAAAUUCCAUUGCAAUGCCUUCUAGCUGGACUUCCAACAUGUGCGAUCAAACCUCCGCAAAUGAUUCUAAAUGCAACAGCAUGACUUGUCUUCAAUGAGCCCAAGAGAGCUCACGUCACACGCCAACAGAACAGGGCUCUGCACCAUCUUACCUCCACCCUCUCUUACAAGUCUUCGUCCCCUCCAGAAGCCUGCAAUCGGUAAGUGAGCAGCGGCUUGUGGUUCCAUUGCAGAGAGGCAAAAAUAUCACUCUUCAUCCACUGUUCCUUGCUGGUAGAAUAAUCUACCAACCCCAUCCAGACAGCUGAAUCUCUCACAAAAAUCUCUAUGCUUUUACUAUUCCAUUGUCUAUGCUCUCAUUAUUCUUUAAUCCCUUACUGUUCUAGCUAUUUUGAAUGAUGACUGGAACAUUAUAUUACUGACACUUCUCGUGUUUAUUGCCUUCUCAUGAUGAAUUGUUGUAUUCCUCAAGUCACUUUGGAUAAAAGUGUCUGCUAAAUGAAUAAAAGUGUAAGAUCUUGUUUUCAAGGAAAGCAGAACUUACUUGUAUCACACUAUGCAAAAGUAGCUACUUCUGCAUUUUGCAUCAUCUCUGAUGUCAGGUCGUGUCAUGUGGUGGAGACCUAUAUAAAUGACUGUGGUGGUCUUGCCCAAGUGUAAGGUUGCUGGAUGGGGUAAAACUGAACAGCAAAGUGUAGUGAAUGAUCUUUCGGUGACAGAGGUGACAAACUUCACCACCUGCCAGACGAUGUUGCAAAAACUGGAAGAUCCACUCCCAGACAACGUCCUGUGCUCUUGGGGUUUCAAGAAAAGAAAAAAAAAAAAAAGUGGUGCUUGUUAGGUAUGGCAACAGCAAUAUUUUGGGGCAAUUCGGGUGGACUGCUAGUGUGCAAUGGGGAAGCGGUGGGCAUCGUCUCUGUGGAACUCAUGACAACCAAAAUGCUUUCAAUAUUUACACUCAAAUUUCAAAAUACACAGUAUGGAUUAAGAAUGUGAUCAAUGGAAGUUCCUGAUGACUUUAAAACUGAAUUUUAUUGUCACCUUUUAUGGUGACAUGAAUGCUACACGUAAAAAAAAUUCAAUAAAAGCAAGAUAAAAACUCAA